AUGGCUGAGACGAAGGACAUCCCUCCCGGGUCAUACAUGCUCGAACUCGGGAAAACCUUCACCGAUCAACGGCGUAACGAUGGACCUUCCUACCACACCUUGCGAUAUGAUUUCAAACCGAUGUCAGUGGCAUCUUCGGAUUCCGACACUUACAUCGCAUUCGGAGCCAACGGGGAUGUCCAUGUUGCUGUACCGACUGAUGGGGAGAACAUGACUGUUUUCAAAGGAUCGAAAAAGGAAGCAAAAGCCAAAGAAUGCCUGCUGUUUUUCGAUAAAAAGUCUGGGAAAGUUCGAUUAGAAAAGAUUGCUUCAAAUAUCAAUGUUAAGAAGACCAGGGAUUUGGAUCCAUCGACGGAAAACGUCCUACGAUCUGAAAUGGCCCGCUUGCGGACCAAUCGCAUUGAACGUCCACCUCCUCCUGAACCAAGCAGUUCUUCAUUCCCGGGAGCUGAUAGCAGCAGUUCCUCUGACUCUUCGAGUGAUGACAGUGAUAGCGAUAGUGGAUCUGAUGAUGAGGAUCAAGGCAAGAACCGUGAUUCGAACUCGAGUAUGGCUGACAGUGAUGUUGAAAGCCACCUCCUUGAAAGCAUGAAGACAUCGACUGCACCUGUAACGUUUUCUGUGGACAGUAUCGACAUGCCAUCACUUGACUCCAUUUCGCAACCACCACCACCCGUUCAUACUUCGCAGAACAAUUUCAGUUCAAGACACACCGCGAAAACGGACCACAGAGAUCUUGGCCUGAAUUUGAGUGAAAGCUCCGACGACGACGAAUGA